AUGUUCUACCAUACUAGUCAUCAACUAUGGUACCACUAUAUGUUAUACAUUACUGGUACCUUACUUCUACUAAUUACUCAACGAAUACAGGCGAAAUUUUUCAAUGUGCAUAAACCUGAUCGAACACUUAUUGUAUUAUCAGCACCAUCGAUAUGGGACGACAAUUAUCAUGAUUUAUUUGAGGCAAUUAUUGCAUUUCAAAUCGAAUUCGCAAAAACAAUACAUGAACACGAUAACGUAGUAAUACUUGCUGAUAAGCAUACAUUACCAUAUUUGGAUGGAAGAAGUCCGUCCGUGAAAUCACGUUUACCGUUAGAUGCUUUGAUUCAGGCAUCCGUUUAUGAUAUCAAUAUUAGGGAUUUUGCACCAUUUGGUGUACGACAACUUGUCAAAUUUUCUUACAGACAGAUUGACGAAAGUAUUAAACGAUUCAUUGAGGAUUAUAAAAUACGCAUUGAUAAAAAAGAGUUAGAAUUGAUACUUUCUGCACAGCAUGUUGUCGAUAAUGGUAUUAACAGAGCUAUCAUUGAUAAGAGAAUAUUGGAGGAAAAUCAGGGAAAAGUACCAGAAUGGGCAAUCAUGAUCAAACUUUUCAAUGCUUUCAGAAAG